AGGAACGUCAGAGAAUCGUAGAUCGUUAGAGGAUCCUCAGUCUUUACGACCAGAUCUUUCUUAACAUAACCCACUGUACAUGGGCAAGGAUCUACUUUCUUAACAUAACCCACUGUACAUGGGCAAGGAUCUACUUUCUUGGUCCUCCACUGAAAGCCAAACAACACCUAAACGGAUGAAUAUUUUUAUGAGGCACCUCCUUGUAGCAGAGAUGGGCCAGGACCAAACCAAGCAGCAGGUAGAGAAAGGCUUAAAGCUGUACCAGGCCAAUCAGACUGACAAAGCCCUGCAUGUCUGGACCAAGGUGCUGGAGAAGACCUCAGACCCCGGGGGGAAGUUCAGAGUGCUGGGCUGUCUCAUCACUGCCCACUCUGAGAUGGGGAAGUAUAAAGAGAUGCUCAAGUAUGCUUUGGCCCAGAUAGACACAGCCAGGGAGAUGGAGGACCCAGACUACCUGACUGAGGGCUACCUGAACCUGGCUAGGAGCAACGAGAAGCUGUGUGACUUCCAGAAGACUGUGUCCUACUGUAAGACCUGCCUGAACAUGCAGGGAACUACUGUCAGUCUGCAACUUAACGGACAGGUGUGUCUGAGCAUGGGCAACGCGUUCCUGGGCGUCAGUGUGUUCCAGAAGGCUCUAGAGAGCUAUGAGAAGGCUCUGCGCUACGCCCACAACAACGAUGACAAGAUGCUGGAGUCUAGAGUCUGCUGCAGCCUGGGGAACUUCUAUAUCCAGCUCAAGGACUAUGAGAAAGCCCUGUUCUUCCCGUGUAAAGCGGCUGAGCUGGUGAAUGACUACGGUAAAGGCUGGAGUCUGAAGUACAGGGCCAUGAGCCAGUACCACAUGUCUGUAGCCUACAGGAAACUGGACCGCCUGCCUGAUGCCAUGGAGUGCUGUGAGGAGUCCAUGAAGAUAGCCCUGCAGCACGGGGACCGCCCUCUCCAGGCGCUGUGCUUACUGAACUUCGCUGAUAUCCAUCGCUACCGGAACGACGUUGAUAAAGCAUUGCCUCGCUAUGAGUCCUCCAUGUGUAUAAUGACAGAGAUUGGGAACCGUCUUGGACAGACCCAGGUGUACCUGGGGGUAGGGAAGUGUUGGCUCCAGCAGAAAGAAUUGGACAAGGCUCUGGAUGCUCUGCAGCGAGCUCAGGAGUUGUCAGAAGCUUUAGGAACCAAGCUGUGUAGCCUGAAGGUGCACUGUCUCAGUGAGGGGAUCUACCGCAGUAAGGAGAGGCAGGAGGAGCUGAGGGAGCAGGUUGUGAAGUUCCUGCAGUGUGUGGAGGAGCUGGAGCUGUACUGUGGAAUGUGUGGCGAGUCCAUAGGAGAGAAGAACCAACAGCUGCAGGCUCUGCCCUGCUCUCACAUCUUCCACCUCCAGUGUCUACAGAACAAUGGUUCCAGGGGCUGCCCCAAAUGUCGUCGGUCCUCCAUGAAGCCUGGGUUUGUGUGAGGUUACGAGGCACGGUGCCUGGGAGUUGAGGACACUAUGUGAAGCCCCGACCUCAGUCACAUAGGAGAGCCAGACUGCACUUCUGAAUGUGCAGACUGCUGAACACAUAACUGAACACACAUCUGAAUGUCCUAACUAAACUGAUCACAGACUCGGAUACAGUUUGUUGCCUGGCUACUGUGUUCAGAAGAUGUGCCACAGAAACAGGCACCAGCCCAUUACCUCGUCCCCGGGCUACUUACUACCGACCGAGCGAGAGCUGGCUGGUAGACAAGACUAACAAUCCCAGGGUGAGGACAGACAGGACUGUACUUCAAGACACAGUCACAGUUCAAAGGUCACCACUCCACCGGUUUUGUACAGUGAACAUGUCUCCUUAGACAGAUGAGGAUACAGUGAUAGCUUUAUUACACUGUUGUACAUGAUUUCCUGUUGUUUGUUUUGUCAAAGGGUGAGGAGGAAGAAAUCCAAUAUACUUCUUAGUUUUGUGGACGUCUGUUUUAGAUAAAUCUGAUAGUUUAGCUUAAUGGUAACUUUACUUUGGGUUAGGGUACGCUGGAAGAUUAAUUGCAGUCAUGUAAUUGGAAAUUAUGUUAAACGUUAUUGUUUGGGAUAAAGUGAAAUCACUAGGAUUUUGGCCACACGUUCUAUUAUUCAAAUUUAACAAAAUUGUAUUUUAAAUAUACCCCAUCGAAAGGCAAAUUGAGCUAUAUGUUCUCUAUGAAUGAUUACUGUAAAGUGGCUAAUGGCCAUAUGUCAUGAACAUAUUUCUGUACAACCGUUUUAUCAUCAGUUCUCAGUGAACAUAGUGUACGCUGUCCAAUCACAGUUGAGAACACAACACUUCAACUAAAGAACUCAAUCACGAAGAUCAAAUGCUGAUCAAAUGGACGGUCAGGAUACACUUGUGUUCGUUUGACUGUAGCGUUUGAUAAAAAUAUAAAAACUAUUAACUAGUAUUUGUCCUUAUUGCAGGGGUAUGCAGUUUCCCCCUUUUUUCAAGUUGAAUUUUCACUUAGUCUCCCAUUAACAUCAGUGCAUGACUAAGUGAAAAUUGAACUCAAGUGGAAGUUAGGAUUCACCCCUAAGUGACUAAGGAGCAGUUCAACCCACAUUGUGUUAUUAAUUAUUAGGUUGAGCUUGCUGAAGGCAAAGCACAACUCUAUAUUAUUAUUAUUAUUAUUCUGUCCGCUCUAGAGCUUAAACAAUUAAAGCUAUAAACAUGAAAACAACUUGCGAAUGUGCAGACUGCCCUAGCUUAGAUUGCUUGAGAACAUGUUUUUGAUAGCAUUUAUACAUUUUGAACUGUAAUAUAAUAUUUAGAUGAGCUCCCAGCGUUUCAACGAAAGAGAAAAAGGUCCGUUAGACUUGAUAAAGAAAUGAAAACUCCUAGACCCAUCUCCUCUUUCACUGUUUAAGGCUUCAACUCCAAACCAGAUGUUCAGACUGGCCCAACUUAGGAUGAAAACUUCUAGACCCAUCUCCUCUUUCACUGUUUAAGCUUUCAACUCCAAACCAGAUGUUCAGACUGGCCCAACUUAGUAUGAAAACUCCCUUGAUAAGCAAUCUGCCUAUACUUUAGGAACUGUAGCCAUUUCAAAUUAGCAUGGGUUUCAAUGAGACCCAUGGGAAUACAGAGGCAGCUGUUCAAAAAGAUCCUGCUCCUUGGACAAUUAAGCUAAAAGACUAACUUUAAAACACUCAGGCUAUCCUAAAUUCACAUGAUUUAACAUCUUUAUCAAGUAUAACUAUAUAAAAUAGCACACAACUAUUGACCACAAGACUACUGAUGACAACUACUGACCACAUCCAUACUGUAGGGCCCAAAGAGCCUGCAACCCAAUCACACAACUACUGACCACAUCCAUACUGUAGGUCCCAAAGAGCCUGCAACCCAAUCACACAACUACUGACCACAUCCAUACUGUAGGUCCCAAAGAGCCUGCAACCCAAUCACACAACUACUGACCACAUCCAUACUGUAGGUCCCAAAGAGCCUGCAACCCAAUCACACAACUACUGACCACAUCCAUACUGUAGGUCCCAAAGAGCCUGCAACCCAAUCACACAACUACUGACCACAUCCAUACUGUAGGUCCCAAAGAGCCUGCAACCCAAUCACACAACUACUGACCACAUCCAUACUGUAGGUCCCAAAGAGCCUGCAACCCAAUCACACAACUACUGACCACAACUAACUGCUCUGGUCCGCACUAUAAAUUAUAAUUAUUUAAAUGUUCUACAUUUGCAUAUAAUACCCACCAACGGUUCAAGAUAGAGACACCAAACGAAAUUUCGAAUGCUCAGGAUACCCUAUCCUGUCAAUCGAUCUUUUCAUCUACCUACUUUUUCAACUAUAACCAGUCACCACCAUUACUACUGUACACACUACCACUACUAUAACCAGUCACUACCAUUACUAUAACCAGACACUACCACUACUAU